UGAUCACAAUUACUCAUUUUUCAAGUGAAAUUAUUUAUUGUGAUUGGUGUUAAUUCAAUAUUUAAUUAGUUGUUUUAAUUUUCAUCAUUAUGGAAGUUAGAAGUGAAACUCAACCAGAAGUUAAACCGAAACCCAAAUUACAUAUUUGGAAUCAAAUAUUGGAAGACGACGAGUUGUCUGAAAAGCUAAAUGCGUCUAUGAGUAAAUUGGGCGAUGAAUUUGCUCGAAGGUUUAUCCGAAAGAGAGGAAAGAAAAAUAAGAAAAAGAAAAAAGGUAAAAAAAAUUCGAAUUCCAUUUCAAAUGUUACUAAUAAUGAAGUUGGUAAAACCAAUGGAGCCACAAUUAGUAAAUCUAAAGAUUUGAAACCAGAAGUUAAAAGUCAAAAUGUUGGCCAUUCGCAGAAACCUCAAUCGAAUCAAGCUAAUCUCAGAACUGAGAACAAUCAACAAAGAGCUGGUGGAGUUUCUCAGAAAUCGAAAAGGAAAAGUAAACUACCGGAUAAUGUAUUACAAGCAGAGGCCAAAAACAUUUGUAAAAAACUCAAAGAGAAACGAAUUGAUUUAAUAAUUCGUACUAUUCGCCAUCUUGGUCUUGAUGAAGCGAUGAAACUUUGCUCCGAAGUCUUGACCAUCGAAGAAGCCGGUGGCUUAAUGACGUUGAAUGGAAUCAGAAGAAGAACCCCAGGAGGAAUAUUCUUUCAUCUUAUAAGAAGUAAUGGUCGAUAUGAAGCCAGUAUUGUUAGUAAAAUCUUCAAAGACGGCGAAACCAAAGAACCAGUAUUCAAACAACGAAAUAAGACAAGAAACAUUAUUGCAACUGCUAACAAUGUUACUGAUGUCAAAGUGACUAAUGAAAAGUCAAGUAUUAUGAAUGGUUCGACAGUUCAACCCAUUGAAGAGGCUUCAUCAAAUGUACCAGUUCCAAUGGUUUCACCUUUUAUCUCGAUUGUACCGAUCGAAUCGAUUAAACCGAUUGAACCGAUUUCACCUUCACCAUUAACUCAGUCAGCUCAACCAAUUGAAGAGCAACCAGUUGAAUCUAUCAAUCCAGCUACUCAAGCUCCUGAGGCUAUUAAUCCUGAUACGAGGAUGGAUCAAGACGAUGACGAUUAUGAAAAUUCAAAUCUAGUUAUCGUUGAAUAUGAUUCAGCUGCCAUAGAAAAUGGAAACGCUAAUCCCAAUUCUGAACAAUUAGUCAAAUGUACCUUUCCAGUUAACCCAAUUUCACCAGAUCUCAACAUUUUAUACCAACAACCAUCAUCACAAACCGUUAACUCAAAUGUUCCAAUAUUUUCAUCAAAUCGUAUCUCCGUUGACGCUUGACUUUUUCAAACUUCAUCUCAGAAUCAAGUCUUAUUUUGAACUCCUGUAAAAGUUAUAUUAUCCUGACGCUAUUAUUUUUCCUUUUUUCGUGCAUAACUAUUAUAACAAACGAUCAACUAAAUAUUGUAAUUUUCAUUAAUUACCCUAAUCAUCACAAACUUGAAGUUUUAAGUGCGAAAACACCAAAGAAGAAAAAAGGUUUCACAAUUUAAACAAUCUAUUUAAUCAUUUCGAAAUCCUUGUCAAUCAACUAAGAUUAUCAUUGUUGUCUCAAAGCAGUUAAACAAUUGGGUUGAUUGUUAAAACAAAGAUGUAAUUGUUGAUCGAAAAGCUAAAGAAAUUAAAUUUUUCUUUUUUUCGUUUAAAUUCA